UCAAGCAUGGCACCACUGUAGUAUAGAUAAGCUCUGGCAGAAGUGAAUGCUAUUUUAUAGAAAGUGAAGGAGUGUGGGGUUCCGCCCCCCCUGCACAUGAUGACAUUUUACUUUCCUCACAGGCUGCGAAAAAACACAACGUCCACCCAUACAGAUGUGGAAGAACCAUCUUCUCCACAGCAUCCUGCUUCAGAAACGUCCUCCCUCUUCGAUGAUGACUUUCUGGAGUCUUUCAGCACCCCGGCGAUCAAUCUGGAGUCGACCACGAAAGAACUGGAGGAGUUCGUCCCUCAUGUCAGGAGCCUCUCCGCUUCCGCGGUCCAGCAGCUGGCUUCUCGGGACCUGGAUCGGUUUAGAAGGUUUAAGAAACAAGGCAUCGCGGUGAGGUUUGGCAAGUUUACCAAAAAGGAAGACAGAUUAUUGAAGGAGAACAUUGAGGCCUUCUUAGAAGAAACUGGAAUAGACAGCGCGGAGAAACUCUUGUUCACCCACAGAUUUCCCGAAGAGAAAGCUGCCAUCAACAAGCUGAAAGCCAGCCACCUCUUUGGGGUUCGGAUUGGUGA